AGUGCACGAAGGCAGCGAAUUACAAUUUUUCACAUAGUAUUUUAAACCGACCGCUUUAUAGAAAUCAUUCAACGAAAUGGGCAGCUUAGAGUCAAAGAGACCGGUCGCCGAAGCCGUCACAAGCAAAGAGGGCGAACAGCAGGAAAAUGGACACGUUAAGACCAUCGGUGAUGCUGCUCCCCAAAAGCAAAAUGGAGACACUGUACCAUCUAAUGGCUCUGCGGAACCAGUGUCUCCAGAAGUGGGAUCUGGAGAGACUAUAGAACCCGCAUCCCCAGUGAAUGGUGAAUCCAAACCAGAGGAGCCCCCUGGCAAGCAAUCAAAGAAAAAGAAGCGUUUUUCUUUCAAGAAAACGUUCAAGUUAGGGGGAAAUCCCUUCCGCAAGCCCAAGAAGGAGCAGCCGGCAACCGAAGAGACCGCGGCUGGGGAUGAGGCUGCUGCUCCUACAGCUGAGGAAGCCACGCCCGCUGUCGAACCAGAAACGGCUCCUGCAGAAGCCGAAUCUGCCCCCGCUCAAGAUGACCUCAAAAAAGAAUCCACUGAAGCUGCAGUUCCACCCGAGACAACCACAGAAACCCCACCUGAGGAGACCCCCAAACCAGUAGAAUCUACUCCCACCACGGAACCACCCAGUGAGGCCCUGAAACAGGAGUAGGAGGGGCAGUGAGAACCCACAUCAAAGACUUGUGUUUACUGAGCCUCAUUAACGCCUGUUCCCAUCACCGUCCUAGGAUCUGUAUUUGCACCAUUCAUGGUAUGAGCAGAUCUAUAUUAUGUGCCAAAAGUUGCCUUCCUGUCCCUUCUGUGUAUCCCCAUCACUGCCCACUUUAUAUUAUGUUAAGCAGAAACUCUUGUCCAUGUCAGGGAUGAGCUGCCUUUGUUUUAGAGGCUAUGAACUGUUUACUACAGACUCAAUUAUCCAACCAGAGACUAAUAGGCUUUACCUCAACUAUGAAGCUAAACCUUCGUUUUAUAGGUGGUAGUAGGGAGUGCUACUAGGACCUCAUCUUUUGCUUUAAAAAUCAUUGCAGAACAUUUAGCUUCUGACACUGUCUUGAGUACUUGACCACCCAGCAAAACACCCCCUUCCCUCAUGUAUAUUAACUUCCUCUUCGUGAUGUCUGUUUAGGGUUAAAAUAUAGGUACAUCAGGUUGUAUCUACUACAGGUAGAAGGAGAAAAAAAGCAGCUGUUUAUUUUGGCACCAACCAGUUCAUAGGAAUGGAGAAAAUGGUGUAUUUCUGUAAAUAAUUUUGUAUUUUUAAUGUGCAGUUAUGUUGUGACUUCUAACUCUAAAAAAAGUUGGAAACUUGUGACUAUUUUAAAGUAAAUAAAUACAUUUUAACCCCUUUA